GGAUGAAAGAAGGUGAUCUGUUGUUAAUCAGCUUUCUCGCCAUGACGCUUAACCCAGAAUUACUGAAUAGGAUUACUCGGUGGGAGCAGGAAUACGUCAAAGGAAACAAAAAACCCAUUCUCGACAGGGAAUACCCCCCUAUUCGACCUCGAAGAGACAUCGUAUUCUCUGUAGAACCGCAGCCAGAUAAGCUCGCUACCGCUACGACAGUGAAGAGCGAAAUGGCUGAGAACAAAGUGAAAAACAGGAAUGCAGGUGAAGCAUCUUCAAGGACAUCAAAAAUAACAGAAAAUACAGUUAAGAAUGCCUUACAACACGUGGAUCCCGCGGGCGCCAAUGCCGAAAAAGAAAAGGGAAACGAGUUUUUCAAAAAAGGCGAUUUCCGGAAGGCUGUUGAGCAUUAUUCGGCCAGCAUGGCACUUGAUCCAUUUAACGCCGUCCUUCCAAUCAAUAGAGCCAUGGCGUUACUGAAGCUCAAAAGAUUUGCAGAGGCCGAAAACGACUGCUCUUUAGGCUUAAAACUAGACAACAAAAAUGUGAAAGCGUUGUGGAGAAGAGGCAUUGCUCGACAAUCGCUUGGAAAGUUAGAUGAUGCGCGCAAGGACUUUGAGGAUGCGCUCAAGAUUGAUCCAACCAACAAAUCAGUCCAAGAUGAGCUGGCUAAGUUACGACAACAGAGAUCAGCUAUACCAAAUGUCUCUACCACAAAAUCAAAGCCUGAUUCGGUGACAUUGCCUUCAGCCACAGCCACAUUCACAAAGCGUGUAUCAAUUAGGGAUGUAGGGAACGCAGAACAAUCAAAACUUUUCAAAGAGACAACGCAAAGGCGUGUUACAACAGCUACCGCACCCGCCUCUAUCAUUGCUACUACCGAAUCAGUGACGCUAAAGUCUAUAGUGCCUGCUGAAGCUGUGGUAGCUGCACCAUCUACGCGUCCAGCAAAAGCGUCAACCACAACACCACAAGCUAAGAAGGCAUAUACGCAAACUUUAGGGCCAACAGCAUCAAUUUCAGACCCACCCAAGCCUUUGGUUGAGCCUGCUAAUAUCUCAGCUCCUCCAAAAGUGAUCAAGAUGCCUAGCUAUAGCGAUCUCUCCAUUAAGAUGGCACCACCAACAAAUAGCAUGGAGUUUCAGCGCGAUUGGAGAAGCUACAGCAGAAAUAAUGACAUGCUCUAUCUUUACCUCAAGCUUAUCCCUGUGGACACACUGCCACAACUUUUCAAAAGCUCAUUCGAAUCAGAUCACUUAUCAUCUAUCCUGACUGUCCUUAAUAAGUAUUACACUCUUUAUGAAAGUCCUGAGCUUAUAUACAACACCUUAUCGAGCCUUGUAAAGGUUGACCGGUUUUCAAUAUCCCUGUUGUUUAUGUCCGAUGUACCUGAUAAGAAGUAUUUACGGGACAUUUUCAACCAACUGCAUGCCUAUGUAGGACGGAGCGACUCUGUCUUUACAAAAAAAGACUUAUCAUCUCUUUCUGCGAAAUAUAGGAUUUAACUUAAUAAAACGAAACAGAUAAGCAAAUAAGAACAGCGUGAGAAGAAAAAAAAGAGAAAAGAUAAUAUGCGAUCUCUCGUCAGCUAGCGUCAACCCCUAAAAAACCGUUCCCAG